AUGGCUCAGACGUCUCCCUUACCAUUGGGCCCGUUUAGAGGCGGCCUAGCGGAGCCUGCAUAUACCCAGCAUGAGGAAACAGACACGGGACAGACUAAUGCCCGCAGUGUGCCAGUACAGGCGGGCGAGCAGCAUACUCAUUGUGCCAUCAUCAGGCGCCGCAUCCAGACAGGCCUUCCGGGAGAGUGCCCCUCUGCUGUAGUGCUGCCCAGGCGCAGGGAGAUGCUCGAACCCUGCCUGCUGCCCAUCUUCUCGCGUUUGCGCAAACUCAGCUAG